AAAAACAAGAAAGCAAAAGCAAUUAGAUCCAUCACACGGACAAACACAAAGAAACAAGAGGGGGAAACACCCUUUCCCUCUUCCCUUCCCUCGUUCUUGAUCUCUAACCCUCGGUGGCGAUUCGCUUGUGGAUCUCAGUACCAAGUCCGUCGGAUUCGUCGAGCUGAGGGUUCUCGCGAGGAUUGGUGUGCGGUCGGGCUCUUUGGGGGUAAUAUGGUUGAUGCGCGCCCCUCAGAAUCUGAUCUUUUGGGGUUCUCUGUGCCCCUCGAAAUCUUUUUGUUUGUAUGCUUAUCUGAACGGUCGGUUCCUUGAGAUUACCUGAACGGAAGGUUGAUUUCCGAUACUGACCAAGUGUGGGAUUAGAAUGUCCCAACUCUUAGCUUAGUUUGGUAGCUUAUGGGUGCUUUUGGUCACAGUCAUGUACAAGAACCAGCUGCAAGAACUUGCCCAAAGAAGCUGCUUUAACUUGCCUUCCUAUGCAAGUAUACGGGAGGGGCCGGACCAUGCCCCGCGAUUCAAAGCAACUGUAAAUUUCAAUGGGGAAGCUUUCGAAAGCCCAACGUUCUGUUCCACACUCAGACAGGCAGAGCAUUCUGCGGCUGAGGUUGCUUUAAACACCCUCUCAAAGAGAGGGCCUUCGAGGUCACUUGCUGCGAAAGUUCUGGAUGAGACUGGAAUUUACAAGAACUUACUCCAAGAAACAGCUCACAGAGCUGGGUUGAAGUUGCCUGUAUAUACAACUGUUCGAUCUGGACCAGGUCAUACACCUAUUUUUACAUGCACAGUUGAGCUUGCAGGAAUGAGCUUCACAGGAGAUCCUGCCAAGACCAAGAAGCAGGCUCAAAAAAAUGCUGCUAUGGCUGCCUGGUCUGCACUGAAGCACUUUAAAAGUUACCUGGUUGACGGUGCCAAUGCAGCACCACGUCUGGGCUCCUCUUCUUCUCCAUCUGCACCUUCGCUGUCGGAAAGUGAAAAGAAUGAAGAACAGGAACCCGUCAUUUUGGCUCAUGCCCUUGCAAAAUUGCAGCGAUCAGAAGAAAAUUGGUCAUCUUCUCAAAACGGCCGACGGCGAGGCCAGCAAAGAUCACCUCCUCAGAAAAGCAUGCAUCCAACAUCUAAUGUGUGUUUCUGCCCCAUCCCUUUCCAGAAUUUGGUGUACCCUGAUUUGUCAUCCGAAUCAGAAUUUUACCAAAUGUGGCAUCAAGUGCAUGCAUCUCCACAGCAGUCUCACUUUUCACUAACUCCACAUGCCAGGGAUCAUAGAUCUUUCCCAAUUCUGCAUUAUUUCUACCCAAAUCAAGUGCUACACACCCCAUCAGUUGAGCAAGACCCAGUUAGUUCUUUACGUUGUUCAACAGGAUCUUCUCCUUCCUUGCUAGUGUGCUUCUCUGAUCACCCUGUCUCUGUUGCAUCCGGAAGUUGGUCCCAGUUCACAAUACAACAGAUCCAUGGGGAGCAGAACCAAAGAGUGGGGAAGGAAUGGCUAAUACUUCCAUCAAGUGCAGAAGCAUACUCUGCAUUGGAUGUUUCAGGUUCCUCGUUCCAGUCGGACAAUAUUGGUGAUGCAUCUACAGUUCAGAAGUCACAUGAAGAUCAAGAAAAGGAAUGUUCACUUGGUGGUGCUGAAGCACACCUUGAGGAAGAAGCAAACAGUAGUUGCCAUGGUUUCAAGUCAGUUGCCUCUGCUUCAUGCCCAACGAUGGUUCAGGAUCCAGCAGGUCGUACAAAGAUGCAGGAAAGAAAAACAGCUGAAAGAAGCCAAGGAAAAUCAUACGGAUGGAUGCCUCGGGCAUCUGUAUGGCCUGGGCCUUCACCUCCAAACCACUCUCGUUUAUACGACCUGAAUUCCGAUUCAAGUCCUACACAAUUUUCCCAUGGAUCUCCAAACUCUUCCAGUCUGGAUAGGAAAUUUAGGCCUUCUGCUGUAUCAGCUUCAAUGAGACAUAUAUCUUCAGCUUUACUGCAUCCGUCCGGUCUUAGAGAUGAAGCAUUUAGACGUCAAGUUCCAUCACCGGCUGCUCCAGUGACGAUUAGAACCACUAUCCCUGUAUGCUCAGCCAGGGCUGGGGCAGUGAAUCCGGACACUCUGGUCUCCUCAACAAGCUUUGUAGCUCCACCUGUUAAUGUGAGAUCUGUGGUACCAGUUUGUUCAGCUCCACCAGUGAGUGAAACCUGAACAAAAUCAGAAAUCUAUUGACGAAAAAGGAAACAAUGUCAAAGAUUGAUUCUGAAUUUGGUAAGAUUCAGAUAUGAUCAAAAAGUUUUGGAUUUCCUUAGGUUGGGGUUUAUGCAUUUCUACACCUCUCGGGUGUAGCUCACCCCUUGGAAAACUGCUAGUUGUAGCAAGGCUAUUGAAAUGAAGUGGUUGCAUCAUAUCAGAGAUCUAUCUCAUUGAAUUAGGUCACGGCACAUUCUCACUGAGAAAUGAAAGAGGAAUUUUCCUAAAGGAUCUACCAGAAAAUCUUCCUUUUCUAUGAUGCUUGCAAGGGAUUGGUUUUUUUUUUUUUUUUCCCCCUUGAAUCAAGCAUCCUAGGAGGCCUGUGAAAUCUUGCAAUGUGCUCAGUUCUUUCGCUUUUUACCUGUUAAAUACAAUUAUAGUCUUUCGGCAUUAGGCCAACACGAACUUCUUCUAUGUUUGUAAAUUUAAAUGCCCAUUGAGCUUGUAAACGGUAAUCAAAGGAAAAGGCAAUGUGUAUCGUCUAUAAUGAGAUCAUGUCUUUAAAUUUUGUAUGAUCA